AUGUGGCUGACUGUCGAUCACAACGCACACACCGCACACGGAGUGCCGCUGGCAAUCCUGCGACCGAUCAUCGGAGCGACGGAGGGGGUGACCAAGAUCCUCAUCGGGUGCAGACGUGGGUCGACCCGGCUCGAGGACGAGAUCGCCACCAAGUUCAAGAAGAAGCCCAAGCGCCAGGCCCUGUAUUCGGGCAGGCUGUGUUGA